UACAAAAUAAAUGAUCCCACAGUAUGAGCAUGGGUGUUCAGGUUUAGGUUACAGGAGAUUUCCUCGCUGUUGGGCGGAGGUGCCAGCUGCGUCAGCCGUCGGCAGAGCAGCGCCAGCCCAGUGUCUGCCCCCGGGAAGGAAGCGAGCCGCCGUGGGAAAUACCCCGCUGCCAUCACGUCUCCACAGCCUUACCCAACACGGUCAGGCACAAGGAAUGGAGGGGAAAAACCUGAUUUCUGCAACAGACACACAGUAUUCCAAUGUGCUUCUUCAGUCUUUGAAUGAACAACGUGGCCACGGACUUUUUUGUGAUGUUACUGUCAUCGUGGAGGACCGGAAAUUUCGAGCUCACAGAAACAUCCUUUCAGCCUCAAGCACAUAUUUUCACCAGCUUUUCUCAGUGGCUGGGCAAGUGGUUGAACUGAGCUUUGUGAGAGCGGAAAUUUUUGCAGAAAUUCUUAACUAUAUUUAUAGUUCCAAAAUAAUCAGCAUUCGAUCUGAUUUACUUGAUGAACUGAUUAAAUCAGGGCAACAGCUGGGUGUUAAAUUCAUAGCUGAUCUGGGCGUACCUCCGUCUGAAGGAAAAAACAUGCCAAGCAAGGUCAAAGAUGGUGCUUCAGAAACUUCAACUUCUAGUCCAGGCCAAAAGGAUGCUGAAACACAAGUACCUGUGAUAAGGCCAGAGAGCCAAGAGGUAACGGAUGGGAUGCCGGUUAUAACACAGUCAUUCUCCUUACAUGGCAUAGAAUAUGAGACUACAAAAAUUACAGUGAGUGAUUCUGAUGAUGAUGAUGAUGUAAUUUUUUGCUCAGAGAUCGUUCCUCCAAAAGAAUGUAUUAAAGAUUUAAAAGCUGCAGCCCAGAACCAGCCUUCCCCGAGUCCAGCUGGAGUUUCUGACCAAAAAUCGUGUGGCAGUGGUGGCUCUCCCCAUUUGACAAGCACGACAACAGCUCAAAAACUCACUUCGUCUACCAGUCAGCUAAGCCCAAACCAAACGCAACCAAGUGCCGAAUCACUUGUCUCCGCAACACCGCAGCAUUUGACUCCUAAUAUCAUUGUGCUAAAUAAGCCUCUACUUAACACAUCACUCAGUGCCAGCUCCUCACAUCAAACACAUGUGACCCCUACAAUUAAUUUACUUGAGGAGAACCAGCAGCCAUCUAAUAAUGGCUCCUUAACUGAAGUGGAAACAACUGCUGUUGAUGAUGAAGAGGUUGUUGAAGAUGAUGUCGAUAUCAUUAGCUCCUCUAGUCCUGGUUCAGUCAGCAGUAGCUCUUUGGUUCAGCAAUCUUCUGUACCCAAGGUAGCAACCACUGAAGGAUCAGGUGUACAGAAAAAACAGGUCGUUACAUUUUCACAAGAGCCGUUUGCUAAACCUGGGGAAUUUAAAAUAAAGAUAUCGGACGUCCUUACUGGAAACAACAAGGAAUUGAGUUCAGGUUUAGCAUCAAAGCAGGUAGCGGAAGGGCAGAAAAUCAUAACAUUAGAUACAGCAACUGAAAUAGGUGGCCUGUCGACAGGCUGUAAGGUUUACGCAAAUAUCGGUGAGGAUACAUAUGACAUAGUCAUUCCUGUCAAGGGUGAUUCUGAGGAAGGCGAAGCCAAGCUUGAUGAAACGCCUAGAACAUCUGGUGGUGAUUCUCCAAACAGGAAACGCAUGAAAGUAAAGCACGAUGACCAUUACGAGCUCAUAGUGGAUGGAAGAGUCUACUACAUUUGUAUUGUGUGUAAGAGGUCAUAUGCAUGUCUGACGAGUUUACGGAGACAUUUUAACGUUCAUUCCUGGGAGAAGAAGUAUCCGUGUCGAUACUGUGACAAAGUUUUUCCUCUUGCAGAAUACCGUACGAAGCAUGAAAUUCACCACACCGGUGAGCGAAGGUAUCAGUGCUUGACGUGUGGCAAAUCUUUCAUCAACUACCAAAUUACGGCCUCCCACAUAAGAUCAGUUCAUAGCCAAGACCCUUCUGGAGACACCAAGCUUUACCGAUUGCAUCCUUGCAGGUCUUUGCAGAUCAGACAGUAUGCGUACAUUACUGAUCACUCAAGCAGUAUACCAGUAAUAAAUGAGGGUGGAAUUGUUUAUCGUGUUGGGACAGGGAAGGAUGGCACUGAAGGAACAACAUCUAACCCUCCAGCCAAACAAAUUACCUGGGAUGACAUUUUCAUUCCACAGGGAAACGAAGCAAUUUUUAAACAAAAUCCAUCAGAGGGAAGUACUGAAUUUGAGUUUGUAAUACCGGAAUCUUACUGAAACGCAUUAAAUGCUGGAAACAGGAUUCGGUGCAGAAAUACUGCAGCUGGUUUACAUGAACUGUUAAAAUCAAUGUAAAAUAAAAUGUUAACGUGGAAACAAGUUAACUUGUUCUACCAAGUCAUCAAAUGGUAGCACUUAGGUGGAUUGUUGGUAGCUGCAAGUGAUUUGUGGAAGUGAUUCAUGUGAGAGUUUACUUGAAUAGAGAUCAAGAUAUUUUCAAGGAGCUGGCAGUAUUUUCUGGUGUGUUAAUUUUGAUCAAAACAUGGGGAUUUGUAGCUUGAAAAGGUACAAUUCCUUCUAAAGAGCUAGAAAUCUUUCUUCUAAAGGAACUGAGGUAUUUCCUGUACCCAUACUUACUAUGUAAACCCUUUCUUUCAUGUUAGCACUUUAAUGCUGAAUUGUGUUUAGACAUUAACUAAGAAAACAGGUUUUUCAUCAUAGUCUCUCGAAUGUAGAACCAUUAAAAAAAAAAUCCCACAACUCAUAUUUAAUUUUGUGAACAGUACAUUACUGCAAAGGUUCCAAAUAACUGAUCCAGUACUUUGGAGUAGUGUAUUUUUGAACUAGCAUCUUAAGCACUAUGAAUCAUGUCUUCAUGCAAAUAGUCUUGCAAACAAGAGACGCUCAGUUAGGGCUAACUUGAACAAAAUUUAUUUUUUGGCAGUAUGGUGAGCAGAGUAUAGAGUGUCUGGGCCAUUGUAUUUUACUCUUUUUUUUUGCAAUGGGG